AUGCCUUUAAAGAUUAAGGAAGAAGAAGUUUAUUGUUUAGAUUUUACAAGACAUGAUGAAAAAUUUGAUCCAUUAGAAAAAACCAUACCAGAAUUGAUUCAUUCAAGAGAUACUUGGGAUGAAAAAAAUGCUAUUAUUUGUGAUAGUGAAAAAAUAUGCCUAACUUUUGCAAAAAUAUCUCAAUUAAUGGAUCAAUUAGCUGCAGGGUUGUUAGUAUCUGGUAUUCCACAAGGUUCAAAAAUAUUAAUUUGUUCAUAUAAUCACUAUGAUGCUAUUAUUUGUGCUUUAGCAUGUACCAGAGCUGAUAUAAUAUUUUGCCUAAAUUCACCAAAAAUGUCUUCACCAGAAUAUUUUCAUGAUUUGAUUGUUAGAGGUGGAUUUAAGGGUAUAAUUUUAUUUAAAUCUGGAAAAGAUUCUGAUGAAAUGGGAAAUAUGAUAUUAAAUUUAUAUCCUGAAAUGAAAAAAUUUCCACGUGGAAAUUUAAAAAUUGAAUCUGCACCAAAUUUAACACAUGUCAUAUUAGCAGAUGAGGAUCAUCGUCAUGCAGGAACAUUUACAUUAAGUGAUAUUUAUAGUAAAGGAACAAAAGAAAAAAUUGAAAAAUUACCUCAAUACAGAAAGUGGAAUUGCCAUAAACUUGCUGCAAUUCAAUAUACAUUAGGACAUAGUGAUAAACCAAAACUUGUUGGUUUAUCUCAUUAUCAAUUGAUAAAUGGUGCAUAUACAGCUUCAUUUUCAAUAGGAAUUGAUAAAAAUACAAAAUUAUGUGUAGCAUUACCAAUGUAUCGUAUUUCAGUUUUUUGUUUAAUGGUAUUUACACCAUUUAUUCAUUCUUCAGUAACUAUUAUAAGUGAACCAUCACCAAUUCCAAGAUUUAUUUUUCAAUCAAUAGCUAAAAAUUUUGUUAAUUGUCUUCUGACUAAUGGAAUAGCCUUAAAAUUAUUAUUACGAAUUUCAAUGGCACAUAAAGUAACAAUGACAUCUAUAAAAACAUGUAUCCUUAUUGGAGAAAAAGUUCAUAAAGAUAUAUUAACUGAUUUGGUUAAACAAAUGCCAAAUGCAAAACAAAUAGCUUGUGGAUAUUGUUUAACUGAAACAGGUUCAGUACCUUUAUUAACAGAUAAUACAAGUAACUUAAUUACAAGUGUUGGAAAAUGUUUACCUGGAUAUGAGAUUGAUGUUCGAGAAGUUCGUGGUUUAAAUUCUGACAAAGACAUAGUUGGCGAAUUAUUUAUUCGCCCAUUUAAUUCAACAAAAUUUUUUGGAUAUGCACCAACUUUUGAUACAUGUGCAGAUUGGGUUUCUUCUGGUGAUAUUGUAUCUGUCAAAUCAGACUCAAACAUUGAAUUAAUAUCUAACAAAGAAGAUUUAAUAUAUGAUAAAGAUGAUAAAUUGGUACCACAUUGGAAAAUUGAAAAAUGUUUAAGUAAAUUUCAUGAAAUAAAAGGAAUUCAAGUUGUAAGUAUUUGCCCUGGAGCUCCUGUAAUUGCAGUUGUCAUUCCACGAAAUGUAAUAACUGAAAAAAAUAUAGAAUAUUUUAAAAGUGAUAUGAUUACUAUGUUAAAAAAUGAAAAUAUCAGAGUUCCUGAAAGAUUUGCUAUUGUUUUUGAUUUUCCUAGGACUCUUGCAAGAAUCAAAAAAAGAGAUAUAAGAGACAUUAUUAUGAAUAAACAAGCAAUUUUCAUAUAA